AUGAGUAGAGUGUUUUAUUUAUCCUUAUUAUUGUUGGUAAUUUCCAACUAUAAUACAUCAGCAUCAUGUAUCGCUAAUGCAGUUUGUGCAAACAAGGAUGAACAAUGUGGAUCAAAUAAUGGAACAAUAGUGACAUGUAAUUAUGGAUACUAUUGUAAUCCAGAGUCAAAUACAUGUGAAGAUGCAAUCCAAGAUGGCGAUAAAUGUGUCACUUCUGCAUCAUGUUUGAAUUCAUACUGUACAUGUCUUGAAGACGACUCUGGUGAGACCAGAUGCACUCCAAUCAACUAUGUAGGAUUGAAUGAACCAUGUAAUAGCACUAUACAAUGUACUACACCAUUGAUGUGUAAGGGACAUUAUUGUACAGUGGAGGGUGCCUGCACAGACUUGCCAAAAGCCAAUGAGAACUGUACCAUCGAUGUCGGUUGUGGCAAUGGAUUAACAUGUGGCAAGAAAGGCAUGUCCAUGCACUAUGGCGAGUGCAUUGAGGCACAUUCCAAGUCACAAGGAUCACCAUGUUACACUGAUUCCGAGUGUGACAUCGAAGAUCGUCUUUACUGUUUGUCACAGUAUUGCACUUAUGCCGAGCCGAGCAAAACAACCAACUGCACUGUGGAUGGAUGUGAUGACUUGGUGGAACAAUGUUCAUGUGAUAGUGGAGCAUGUUAUACUAAGGUGGCAUUCAAUCGAGAAUGCAAGAUACUCUCGGAUCAGAUGAGUCAGUGUGCAUGGAGUUCCAAAUGUCCAAGAGUGAGCAACACUAGAUACAAGGCCUGUAUCAACAUGCAAUGUGGUCUAUACAAGUCGUGCUACAUUGAGAAGUGCAUGCCAACUAUCGCCAACACAACAUGUACCAACAGUAUCUAUGAUGGAUCAUGUGAUCGUCUAGACAAGCUGCUCGAGGGACAGAACCCAAGUCGCAAGAACAAGAACUCCUCUUCAAGAUUGAUGAUGUCCAGUGGUGGUGUCGUCAUUGCCUUACUAUUACUAUUACUUUAA